CAGGCGAGCGACGGGCGACGAGCCCACGAAGUGCGCAUGAGUGAAGACGGCCACCGCUGGAGAGGGAGAGGGAGAGGGAGGCAGCAUCGAGCGAACCCGAGAGUCGAGUCAAGCAGCAGCAGCAGCGGGAGGGGGUGGGUUAAGCUUUCCGGGCAGGCCAGGCCAAUCACGGAGACAGCGGUCGGCCAGAGAGCAGACGGGGCGGGGAGGGGAGGGGAGGGGAGGGAAAGGGGAGAGCGUGAGAGAGGGAGGGAGGGAGAGAGAGAGAGAGGGAGCGAGAGCGCAGAGCUCGUCUCGUGGUGGUGGGCGAGAGUCGAGUUGACCGGUCGGGCCAUCGUCUUCCAUUCGGGCGCUGCAGUUUGCACUCGUUCUUCCCUUCGGCUAUGAGGGAGGAGCAGAUCGAGCCGAGACCAAGCUCCAAAUCAGGGCCGCCGAGGAGACGGGAGCGCUUGCAGAGUUCGUGAUCUGCGGCAGAUCCGGGUAUAGAGAGCGCAUUUCUGUUUCUGGACUCGAUGUGAUGCGCAUUUAGAGGCUGUUUAUUUGAAGAGUGGGCACCAGUAGGGCUGAGUAAUUGCGUCUGCUCUUUGCCAAGGGCGGACGAGCUGUCGGGGUGCGGAUCAUGGUGUUCUGGGAGAUCGGGAUUCCUUCGGUACUUUUUGUGUGAGCGGUUCAGCUAAUCUGAGUUCGUGAAGUGGGCGAGUUGGAUUGGGAAUUCGUGAUCAUCCUACUGGUCGAGUUUUGCCUUCGUCUUCGCUGUUUCUCAGCCGUUCCCUUUCACAAUGCCGCUCCGACUUGAAAUCAAGCGGAAGCUCGCCCAAAGGUCAGACCGAGUAAAGUGCGUAGACCUACAUCCAACAGAGCCAUGGAUCCUAUCGACCCUUUACACCGGCAGUGUCUACAUCUGGAACCACCAGACCCAGACUCUGGUCAAAUCGUUUGAAGUCACCGAGCUUCCUGUCAGAUCGGCAAAAUUUAUCGCACGGAAGCAGUGGAUUGUGGCUGGUGCUGAUGACAUGUGUAUUCGAGUUUACAAUUACAAUACCAUGGACAAAGUCAAGUCUUUUGAGGCGCACACGGAUUACAUCAGAUGUGUUGCGGUUCACCCGACUCUUCCAUAUGUGUUGUCUUCUUCGGAUGAUAUGCUCAUCAAACUGUGGGACUGGGACAAGGGUUGGACUUGCACUCAGAUCUUCGAGGGCCAUUCUCAUUACGUUAUGCAAGUUGUAUUCAACCCAAAGGAUACCAACACAUUUGCGAGUGCCUCCUUGGACCGUACCAUCAAGAUAUGGAAUCUGGGAUCACCGGAACCCAACUUCACUCUUGAAGCUCAUCUCAAAGGUGUGAACUGUGUGGACUACUUCACCGGAGGGGACAGACCGUACUUGAUUACGGGGUCCGAUGACCAAACUGCAAAGGUUUGGGAUUACCAAACGAAGAGCUGUGUUCAAACACUGGAAGGGCACACACAUAAUGUGUCCGCAGUUUGUUUCCACCCAGAGCUUCCUAUCAUCAUUACUGGUUCAGAAGAUGGUACUGUGCGCAUAUGGCAUGCGACUACUUACAGGUUAGAGAACACCCUCAACUACGGGUUGGAGCGUGUGUGGACGAUAGGGUAUCUGAAAAGCUCUAACCGGGUAGCGAUCGGGUACGAUGAGGGAACAAUCAUGAUCAAGAUAGGUCGAGAGGAGCCUGUCGCAAGUAUGGAUAAUGGGGGCAAAAUCAUCUGGGCUAAACACAAUGAGAUACAAACAGUCAAUAUCAAGGCAGUCGGAGCUGACUUUGAGGUGACCGAUGGGGAGCGCCUGCCACUUGCAGUGAAAGAGCUCGGAAGUUGUGAUUUGUAUCCGCAGAGCUUGAAGCACAAUCCAAAUGGUAGAUUUGUCGUCGUAUGUGGUGAUGGAGAGUACAUCAUUUAUACCGCCCUUGCAUGGAGAAAUAGGUCCUUCGGUUCUGCAUUGGAGUUCGUUUGGUCAACGGAUGGCGAAUAUGCUGUUAGAGAAAGCACUUCCAAGAUUAAAAUCUUCAACAAAACGUUCCAGGAACGCAAAAGUAUUCGACCUACGUUUUCUGCAGAGGGAAUUUUCGGUGGAACUUUGCUCGCAGUACGAUCCAACGAUUUCGUUUGCUUCUAUGACUGGGCGGAGUGCCGUGUUGUUCGUCGCAUUGACGUCAAUGUGAAGAAUAUAUACUGGUCAGAUGGAGGUGAUUUGGUUGCAAUUGCCAGUGACAGCUCCUUUUACAUAUUAAAAUACAAUCGAGACAUUGUCACUUCCUACCUUGAAAGUGGCAAACCAGUUGAUGAGCAAGGAGUGGAGGAUGCUUUUGAGCUUCUUCAUGAAAUCUCAGAGCGUAUUCGAACUGGAGUUUGGGUAGGAGAUUGUUUCAUUUACAACAAUUCAACCUGGCGACUUAACUACUGCGUUGGUGGUGAGGUCACAACCAUGUAUCAUCUGGAUCGUCCCAUGUAUCUUUUGGGAUAUUUGGCAAGUCAAAGCCGGGUUUACCUUAUCGACAAGGAGUUCAAUGUCAUGAGUUACACGCUGCUUCUGAGCUUGAUCGAGUACAAAACUCUUAUUCUGCGGGGAGAUUUUCAAAGAGCAGAGGAAGUUUUGCCCACCAUACCGAAGGAGCACCUAAACAGUGUCGCUCGUUUCUUGGAGUCUAGAGGUAUGUUAGAGGAAGCUCUUGAAGUCGCAACAGACCCGGAUUACAGAUUUGACCUUGCUGUCCAGCUCGGUAGACUCGAAGUGGCGAAGUCGAUCGCUGAAGAAGCACAGAGUGAGUCCAAAUGGAAGCAGCUCGGAGAGCUUGCGAUGUCAGCUGGACAGCUUGAUGUUGCACAGGAGUGUCUUGGUCAUGCGUCGGAUCUCAGUGGGCUUCUACUCCUUUACUCGGCUCUAGGAGAUGCAGCAGGAUUAGAAAGGCUUGCUGCAUCUGCCAAGGAGCAAGGGAAGAACAAUGUAGCUUUCCUUUGCCUCUUUCUACUUCGGAAAUUGGAAGACUGUGUACAACUGUUGGUGGAGAGCAACCGUAUACCUGAGGCAGCGUUCUUUGCGAGAACUUAUCUCCCAAGCCAUGUUUCAGAAGUUGUUGGAUUAUGGCGUAACGACCUGAAGAAGAUAAAUCAGAAGGCCGCGGAAUCGUUAGCUGAUCCUCAAGAGUAUCCAAAUCUUUUCCCCGAUUGGCAGUUGGCACUGGAUGCUGAAGCGAGAGUGAAGGAAAACAGGGGCAGUUUUCCUCCCUCAAGAGAAUACUUGAGCUACCUUGGGAGCACAAAUGUUGACUUGAUCGAGGAGCUGAAAGCUCUUGAUUUGAAAGAGAACGGUGAUGCAAAUGGACAGGCUGAUCCUCAGGAAGGAGAAUACUACGAGGAGUACCAAGAGGAAGCAGGAGAUUUCGCUGCUGACGGCGAGCAAUACGUAGAAGCAGAGGGGGAAUUCGUUGAGACCAAUGGGAAUGGAGUAGAUACGAAUGAAGAAGAAUGGGGUGUAGAUGGAGAUGGUGAUGCCACGGAAAAGAGAGCUGAUUAGUGCUCCUCUCCCUGUAAGUGGGUGGAAGAGGGUCGCUGCCUUCUUCUUACUGUGACAUGCUCAAGUGCCGAAAUCUGUUACACUUAGCUGGUGAGGUCCGGACUUCUCGCCGCAUUUUUCUUUUGAAAGAGUUGAAACAGUUCGCGUGUCGUCUCCACCUUAAAGGCCAGCAGUCUUCAUCGAGCCCAUGUCCGUAGAAGACCAAAGCUUAUUUUUUGGGCGGUCUAGUUGGCCAUGUUGAGGAAAUUUUAGACACUGAGAUUGAUAGCAGGUGAAAAAAAUGAAAGGCAUAGCUUGAAUGCUAUUGCAUUCCACCCUAGAGUCUAUUGACCUAGGUGAGUGAUCCUACCUAGGCUUUCUCAGCAUGCCCUAUUCAAGAAGGGUUGGGUGAAUUGUAUACCUCUGUUGAAGUAGGCUCUUCAGCUUUGGAGGAGUUAGGUUGUAGAUUCUAUUCAUUCUUAGGGCAUCUCUAUAUAAAUUUAAAUUGCUCAAAUUUGUUCUCUACCUGCGGCGGUUGGAAGUCGGAUUCUGACCCCAUGCAUCCUUAUGUGUGGGUCCUUGAUGAUAGAACCUAGUUUUUUGAGACCAAAGAUUAGCGGUAAGCUCAUAGUGUCACGUUGCUCCUCUUUUGUUAUGUGUCCACCAUGAGGUCGUGGUCAGAGGUUUCUGGUGGCUCAUAUUAAUGCCCCCAAGGAUCAGUCGCUCACCUCCACUGUUGUGGAAACAUGAGCAAUCAAGAAACAUCCUUCUCUAUAGGCUGGUCUGUGGACAUGGGAUCGCGUUUGCACUUAAUCACGUUUAUGAAGCAAAUAUGCCUCCAUCAUUCUUAUUAAACAUGAUCUCAAAUGAGCUUUGUGAAGCUCUUCCGG